AUGCACAUCCCUGGCGCGCAGGAUUGGGGCCAGCCCCAACAGCAUCCUGAGCAUGAUCGCGAACCGGCUCGACUGUCCAUGCGUGAAUCAGUGUUCAAUGAUUCACAUGUGCACAGUGUUGUGGGUCCAUUACUGGCAGCGCUGCCGCCUCAGCCACCACCGUGUCUGCCUGCUUACUGUCAACAUCUACCUACUAGAACGUUGCCUAUACUAUCACCACCCCCAUGCGAGGCGGAGGUACGCCGUCGCGGUGAGAAACGCCCGAUCCCGGCAGAACUAAAAGACGACAAAUACUACGAACGGCGCCGGCGCAACAACCAGGCUGCCAAGAAGAGUCGAGACGCCAGAAGGAUCCGGGAGGAUCAGAUUGCCUGGCGAGCUUGUAUUUUAGAACAAGAAAACGCUUCCUUAAGAGCUCACGUCGCAGCUCUCAGGCAAGAAGCCCUGGCUCUUCGCGGUCUUCUAGCAGCUAGGGAUGAUGCUCCGCCAGCGCCUUCCAGCACUACUGCCGAUUAGGGAUAAAGCCUUGUUUGUUCCAGUGACACUCUAGCGCAGAAAUCUUACUUAUAGCAUGGACCAAUAAUAAUAUAUUAUAGAGGGUUGUUUAUCAGUAAUCCGAAAU